GUAGUCACUACUCGCAUACUCAGAUCCUUUCUUUUCUCUGCGCUUUAUUUCUCAUAUUGUGUGUGUAUAGUGCCGACUCAGCUUCAUCGCAAUGGCGUGAGCGUGAACAGUCAGUAACAGACCGUACGGCGUCCACCUGACCUCCUUAUUCCAAAACAGUCCUCAGAAAAGAAUAACGAACCUCUCCCACCUAUUCAUAUUUUGAUAUUCCAGUUUCUCUCAUUCCCAUUCGCAUUUAUCUCACAAAACCCAAAUCCCAAAAUUGAUUCAAAAAAUGCUACCUCAAAUUCCUUUAACCAACCCAAAUGGAAUCAUUAUGGGAAAGGGAAAUUUUUUUUGUCCUUUAAUUGAUUUCUGACGUGGGUUUUGGGUUUUCGAAACGGGUUUUCGUUGUUUUCUUCGAUAUCUUUGUACACUGAUAUAUAUAUAUAUAUAUAUUUUAUAUAUGUUUGUAUAUUUUACGUUUCUUUGAUGAUGGGGAAACUGGCUGAGAGAGAGAAAAGGAUUGUAGAGAACAUAUUGCGAGAUGGAGACUUGUUGAAUGAUGUCCCUUAUGUGCCAUAUUUUAGUCUUCUUCUUCAACAAAAGCCUCCUUUUAGCGGUUCUUCCGUAAGUAGAGUUUCUCUGCGAUCACCAGAGCACUCUUCCUCUUCCAGUUCCUUCUCAAAUGAGUUUUGUUCACCCGAGUGUGGUUCACCAUAUGUUGAGAGAGAAAAGAGGGUUGCAGAGAACGUGAAGAAAGAUGGAGAAUUGUUUAAUGAUAUGCCAUGUCUUAGUCUUAUUCGUCAACAGAAGCUUCUUUCGAGUGGUUAUUCUGCGAGUAGAGCUUCUCUGCAAUCGCCAGAGUGCUCCCCUUCUUCGAGUUUAUUCCCAAGUGGAUUUUGCUCACCUGAGGAUGGUUCACUGUAUACUGCUCCUUUAUCUGAGGAGGCCAAGUAUCGCACUCGAGGUUCACAUUACUGGAAUGGACUGUGUUUGGAUUCUAAAUCACCUCAUCAUGAUUCCUAUGAGAUCAAUGGGAGGUCGUUUGAUGAAAUGGGCUUGUCUCAAAGUUUCUGCGGAAUGAGUAUUAGAGAUGACCAAAAUGGUGGUACAAAAAUGAAGGGAUUCAAGAUGGACUCAGAUGAAUUUGGGUUUGGCUUUGACAAUGGUUCUUUGGGUGGAAGUGUACAAUACAAUGUUAAAAAAUAUGGCUUAUAUGGGGGUUUCAACGAUGGGGAUUUUGAUAUUGAAGGUUUUCAAUCCUCUCCUCAUGGAGUUCCUUUGAGUUCUUAUGAUGAUGCAAAACAUGCAUUCAAUGGAUUUCAGAGUGGAUUUGGAAAGGAUGCUUAUGACUCAAUAGGGUCUUCUUUUGCUUAUAGUCAGCCUAUUGAUUUGUGUUCUGGCCAUGGAAGGUAUGAUAAUCAAAGUGAUUAUCUAUUGGAGAAUAGAAAGGAACAGGUAGGAAGUUGGAGUGAUUGGGGGAAUCAAUCGCAGAACCAAUCUAUUACUUGGCCUUACCUUGAUGAUCCUCCUAGUUUCUCUUCGCAUUAUAAAAUGGCUUCUAGUGGGGUCAGGGGUGUCAUGGAUUCUUCGGGUGCUCCUCAGUUGAUGAAUCCAAUGUUGGAUUUGGAUGUUUAUCAUCCAUUGUAUAGAAGUUUGAUGUUAAAAGAAAGGAUCAGAGCAAUCACAAACAAUGGGUUUUCUCAUUCUCUUAUGUCUAUGAAAGGUGCAGGGGGUGCUGAAGCCUUUAGCUGUGAGGACAGUUUCAUAAUUCAAGGAAAAGGUUUGAGUCAUGUUAACAACAAAGGACGUGAACCCUUGAUCAGUGACAAAAAGAAUUCCUUCAAUGAGACGUCUGUGGAAAACCUCCGUGGGAAAAACAUUAAACCAGAUAGUGCUAUUUUUCAUGGUGGAAGUUGGGAAAAUGACCAAAGGCUAAACAGUGAUAACCCAUUGCCAAUGGUUCCAAGUAUUAAUUCCUUAAGUGAGGUCCAGGGAAAUAUAUACUUAAUGGCACAGGAUCAGAAUGGUUGCAGGUGGUUACAGAGGAUUUUUGAUGAGGGAACAAGCGAAGAUGUGCAAAUAAUAUUUAAUGAAAUUAUUGAUCAUGUUGUGACUCUUAUGUUGAAGCCAUUCGGCAACUAUGUUAUCCAGAAGUUAUUGGAUGUGUGCAAUGAAGAACAAAGAUUACAGAUUGUGUUCAUGGUGACCAAAGAACCAGGACAGCUUGUUGGGAUUUGCUUGAACACAUAUGGCACACGAGCGGCACAGAAGUUGAUUGAGACUCUCAAAACCAGGCAGCAGAUUUUAUUUGUGGUAUCAUCCCUAAAACCUGGCUUUCUUGAUCUUGUCAAGGAUCAAAAUGGAAAUCAUGUGAUACAGCGUUGCUUGCAAUGCCUUAGCAAUGAAGACAAGAAGUUUAUUUUUGAUGCUGCUGCAAAGUUCUGUGUUGAGAUUGCAACUCAUCGACAUGGAUGCUGUGUUAUUCAACGUUGUAUUACACAUUCCACUGGGAAACAUCGAGACAAAUUAAUAACUGAAAUUUCAAAAAAUUCGAUUCUUCUUGCUCAAGAUCCUUUCGGAAAUUAUGUUGUGCAAUAUAUUAUAGAGCAAAAGAGCCCAUCUGCCAUUGUCAAUUUGCUUUCUCAAUUUAAAAGGCACUAUGUACACCUCUCCAUGCAGAAAUUUAGCAGUCAUGUGGUUGAAAAGUGCCUUAAACAUUUGAACGAGAGCAGAGAACAAAUUGUUCGUGAAUUGAUCUCAGUGCCACGGUUUGAACAGCUAUUGCAAGAUCCAUUUGCCAACUAUGUCAUUCAAUCUGCCCUGGUAGUUACUAAGGAGGGUCCUCUUCAUUCUUUACUGGUUGAUGCAGUUCGACCCCAUGUGAUUUUACGUACCAACCCAUACAGUAAGAGAAUUUUCUCAAGGAAUCUUUUGAAGAAAUGAUGUAAUACUGGUCUGCGGUAAGAAGUGUUGUUGUUAUGUCAAAGUCACAACCUUGUUCACUACUAAUAAAUAAUCUAUCAAAUGAGGGCCACUAGAUGUAGAAUGCAUCAAAAUUCGCUGCUGAUAUCCUGGUUAGAAAUUUCUCAACUCUCUUUAUCUGUCUGAAGAACAGAAAUGGAAUUUUUGUGAUGCAGAUACAAACUUGUAUUAUUUUGUUGUCUUGUAGUCUUGUUUAUCUUACUUCAGAUGUAUUAUAUUUUGCUCGAUCAGAAGCUCAAGUAUCUGCUUCCAAGUUUUGUAAUAUGAUACCAGGAUAUUUUCCUUGAUCAUGUCUCCCACUGUUUCUGAAGUUGAAAAUGCACAGAAAUUUGUCUGUCAUUUUAGCAUGGCGUAGCUUGGUUACAUUUGAAAGAAAAAGCUGUUUUAAACUGUUGAUGUUUCAAAUCGAAAUUGGGUGAUUUUAAACCUUAUGGAUGGGUUCCUUCUUCUU